AUAUCGUGAAUUUGUUGGUGGAACGGAGAAGAGUGCUAUGACAGUAUCUUUAUUUGCUCGUCAUUUGAUCUUCAUACAUUUUGUUCUGUAAACAUCAUAUCAGACUGUUAUUGGAGGGCUUUGGCUAUGCGUUCUGGCCGGCUAGUCGGCUAUACAGAACAGCAUAGCCAUGGAAUACGAUCGGCGACCGAACCACUCUAAUAUGAAUGGACUUCACAGACCACCACUUGAAGUUCCGUAUGGGGCAGACAAGAAACGCCGAAACUACAAACUAAUAGUAGACCCCCAGAUACACAUCUACAAGGGAAACCAGAAAAUUUACAGAUUUGAUGGAAUCAGCUCGGAUGGAACUGUUGUUGACGCUAAAGACCCACGUCUUCAACGUAUUUGGUACAGACGACAGCCAGCAGAUUUGCCAGUUCCCCAAUUUAAGUACGACCAGUACUAUGUUGGAACACCUCCUCCCAAGGAGGUGACCUUCACAAACCUUAAUGACAAUAUCAACAAGGAUUUUCUGGAAAACAUGUGCAAAGGCUAUGGCAAAAUUGAAGAAGUUCGUAUUUAUUACAACCCUAAAAACCGGAAACACUUGGGUAUUGGAAAGGUGGUCUACUCAUCUUCAAAAGCAGCAAAAUUGUGUGCUGAAAAGCUCAAUCGAACCUCAAAGAUGGGCAAUAUCAUGAACGUGUUUGUCGAUACGUUAGGCAAAGAGCGACAACGGAUUAUUGAAGAAAAAUUGCUCGAAAGGCCAAGAAUUGAACUACCCAACAACAAAAGAGACCGCAACAAUGGUUACAGUGCAGGCAACAGCACUGAAGCCUAUGAUCCAGAUGACUUUGAGUAUGGUGGUGGAAAUCUGCAGUCCCAGUUCAGCUAUCCUCCAUCAGAGAGUGGUUUUGGCAGUCAUUCUAGUGACAUGGGUUUUUCUUCGGGUACACCAUACAGUCAGGCUACAUUCACACCUGGGAGCAUGUACAGUGGAGAUAUACAGGGCUCUGGCUACACACCUGCCAGUGAGAUGAACUACAGCAUGCAUCAUCACCAGCCACAUCACCAUCAUCACCACACCCAUCACCAUCAUCAUCACCAGCAGCAGCAACCGCCUCCUACACCGUACAGUAUGCCACCACCUCCACACCAACCUCCAGCACAUUUUAACAACAGCUUUAUGAACUUUGAUCCCAAGGUUCCUCCACCCCCCUUGCCUUCAGAGCCACCACCCCUCACCCCAGGUGGCCACUAUCAGUCUCAACAGCAAGCCAUCAAAACCCCAUCUGACCAUGGCCAUCACGAGAGGAGCCGUUCAAGGGAAGCAGAACCUGAUAGGCACAGGAGUAAACAUCAAGAGAGAGACUAUGAUGCAGACAGAGAUCAUGAAUGGGAGAGAGAGAAAGACAAAGAACGAGAGCAAAGCAGAGAUAGGGACAGCCUUGAUCGAGAUAGAGAACGGGGUCAUAAGACCAGAGACGGGAAUGGGUCGGGGGGCAGUAGCAGCAGCAGCAGCCGACUGGAUGGUGGUGAACGAGCUCAUACCAUCCCCAAACCUCCAGUGGAGAAACAUACCAGGCCAAAAACUCCUGAUGAUGAACCAGAAGAGGAACCGAGGUUCAUGAGUCUUGAAUCAAGAAUCCAGAGUCUUCUUCGAGGCUCGGUGUCUGUGGAUGAUGAGCUGCCACCAGGCCGAUCUCAGGAACAUCCCCAGGCCACUCCUGGCACACCUCACACCCCAAGCACCCCUUCAGAAAUGCGCCAUUUUAACGAUAAUUCCAAUUCAAGUUUCAAUAAUGGGGGCUGGGCAAACCAAGGAGGAUCUUUGGCUGUUGGAGACACAGUGCAGCAGACUCCUGUGUCACAAGAGGUUGACAAAGAUGAAGGCAGUGAUAUGGACGUUGAUGAUGAUGAUGACCAUAUGAGCUUGUCCUCCAUCAGCAGUGGAGAAGAGAGGUUGCAGGUCAACCAGCCAAUCACCAGCAACCUCAACUCAUCAGGGAUUUCCCUUGGCCUGUACACCCAGCCUCCACCCAUCAGUGCUUGGCAGGCCAGUGGAGCCCCCUAUGGGUUCAACAGUUUUGGUGGGAAAAACUUCUUAGGAAAUGGUGGGCCUUUCAAUCAGGGAUUCAAUGGUGCCGCGUUUCCAAACGGUGUAGUGGAUCAGACAGCACAGUUACAGGCUGACUUUGCAGCCAAAGAGGAGGAACACAAGAAGAUAGACAAGCAGUUUGUGUAUGUUUUGAAUCAGUUUGUAAGUGAUCUCAAGGCUGUGAUGCAAAAGGAUUUAUGUAAGAAGAUGGUGGAAAACUGCUUCAAGGCCUUUGAGUCCUGGUGGGAUGCUGAAGAGCAGAAGUCAAAGCUUCCUCCUAAGGCAGUCACAUUGGUGAUGGACAAACCUGUGGAAAAGCCUAGCAAACCAUCACAGCCCAAUGCAACAGAGGGUAUCAGCUCCACGAUAGCAUCAUUGUUUGAAUCACGGCAUCCGUGGACCAAGGAAGGAGGGCUGGAGAGUGGAUUUGGCUUUAGUGGCUUUGGAAGUGGAGGCCUGCUGGGCAUUCGUGGUAGCAUGCCACGUCUGCCAUCAUUUAAGAAAAAAUUCCGUCCACCCUCACCAUCAGUAGAUGAGAGUACUGUUCAGGAUAAGCCAGAUAAGACAGAGGAUGCUGAAGAAGCAGAAUCUGAUGUUGAUCAGGAAACUAGCCAGUCACCAAAACCAUCUGCCAGUCGAAGAGUCAUCUAUAGUAGUGACAGUGAUGAUGAAUCUGAAGAUGAAAAGGAUGCAUCAGCUGUUGAAGAUGAAGAUGAAGAGGAGGAAGAAGAAGAGGAAAGCGGGGUUUCUGAGGAAGACAGUGAAGAGGAGGAUGAUGAGGAUGAAGAGGAAGAGGAGAGUGACAUGUCAGCAGCAGAGUCUGAGGAGGAAGAGAUCAAGGCUGGGACAAAGAUCACAAGUGAGAUUGAAGAUGCAGAAGAAGAGUCCCAGGAUGCAGAUGGAAGUGACCAAGAUGAAGAGAAGGAAGAAGAAUCAGAGGAGGCAGAUAUCGAGCCUGAUUCAAACAGUCACAGAGAUAAACAUGGUGAUAUUUGCAGCAUGAUCAAUGUGGAAGAAAAGAAAGCUGCUGUUAGGGAUGUUAGCAAGCAAGAACAGGAGCCCAGACCUAGACAGACAUCUUCUCUCCCACAAGAAAAAGGCAAAGACUUAGUGGAGGAGCUAGUUUUGAAGAAAGAUAAUGAGAAGCAGAGGAAAGAUGGGGAUGGGGAAGAAGAAGACGUUGACGUUGAAGAAUUUGAGAGUCAUCAUGAUGAAGAUGUUAAGACUGUUGUGUCUGAACAUAUUCAGAAGCAACUGGUGGAAGCUUCUAGAAGCCCUUCCAUUGCAGAAAAAGUUAACCAGCUGGACAAAGAAGAGGCAAGUGAGAGACUGCAUAAGUUGUCUGACCUUAUGGAACACAUACCAGCAACCACUGCCAUAGAGACAAGUGUCAGCAUGGAUGUAAAAUCCCAGCAGGCAGUUCUACCAAACAAACAGGUUUCAGAAGAUAAGUUCAUUAGUGCCAAAACUUAUUCUGGUCCAGAGCAGUCUGUACCACCAAAAGAGGGAAAAUUAGAAGAGAAGUCUUCAACAGUGGAUGUUGUGCUGAAGGAGGAAGAAGUUUCUGUCAGUAUGGAUGAAGAAGAGGAAGAAUCAAGGCCAUAUGUCAUCCCAGCCAUAGCUGAACACGACUACUUUGCAGCACCACCUUCAGGACCUGCACCGACAGUCUCUCAUGACUCGGAAGACACAGAUUCUGCAGAGGAGAGUGUUAACUCUUACUGCCGGGAAGUUUGGAUGGAACACAGCUAUUCUCUGCCCAUUGCAAAGCAGGAAGACAUGGGUGCUGAAGAAAGCCCAGUCCUGCAGGACUUGCCCUCUGAUGUGUCCAAAUCACCCAAAGUUAAGAAGACCAAGAAGCCAGAGCUGGUUCAAGAAGAAGAGAUGCCGAUGACUGAGCCAAUAUUUAAGAAGGGCAAAGCCAAGAAGGAGAAAGAAAGAGAAGACAAGGAAGUACAGGAGAAGAAACAGAGAAAGACAAAGAAAGAGAAACUGGUCGACAUCACAAACAAAGGCGUUCGAGAGCUUGCCCAACUCUUCUCAGAACCCGUUGUUCCGAAAGCUCCUGUAACAUUUGAGAUGCGCAACAUGAGGGAAGAAGGCGAGGUGUUCUUUGAUAUCUACAACAGAGGCAUUGAUGAAGAAGAUAUUGCAUAUUUGAAACGCACUUACGAUGAAUUCAUGCUUUCUGAAGAUCCCAUGUUCUACUGGCUCAAUGACAUCUUAUGGGUGGACCACCCAUUCACUAACAUUCCAGAUCCACCACGUAAGCGGCGCAAGGUGGAAGAUUCCUACCAAAACAGACCACACAGAACUGGCUCAGCUAGAACCGAUGGAUACUACAAGUUAACAUUGGAGGAAAAAGCACGCUAUCUGAGCAAUGCCCGCAAUGUGACACUUCAACAGAAAGCAGCGGAGACCCUUAACGAGAAUCUGGACGAGAGCAAGAAGAAAGCUCAGACGUCUAGAGAAGUUCGCAGUGAAACGCGGCGGCUGCAGUCCACGUUUUCAGAAUACCUUGACAUGGGAGAUCUGUUUAAGUUUAACCAGCUCAAGACCCGCAAGAAACUGCUACGCUUUGCUAAAAGUGGCAUUCAUGACUGGGGUCUGUUUGCACUGGAGCCAAUUGCUGCAGAUGAGAUGGUGAUUGAGUAUGUUGGUUCUGUGGUGAGACAAUCCGUAGCAGAGCUGAGAGAGAAACAGUAUGAACGAUCUGGCAUAGGAUCCAGCUACCUUUUCCGAGUAGAUCAUGAGACCAUCAUAGAUGCAACCAUGAAUGGAAAUCUUGCACGUUUCAUCAACCAUAGCUGUAAUCCCAACUGCUAUGCAAAGGUCAUCACCAUGGAAUCACAAAAGAAAAUUGUUAUCUAUUCAAAGCGAGACAUCGAUGUCAAUGAAGAAAUCACUUAUGAUUACAAGUUCCCAAUUGAAGAUGAGAAAAUUCCAUGUUUAUGUGGAGCGCCAAACUGUCGUGGAACUUUGAACUGAGAGAACAUGAAGAGCAGCAGAUCACUAUGGUGCUACUGUACUUUGUUCCGUCAUGUUGCUGAACUCAUGUAGGACUGCAUUUGCAUAACAUUUUGAAAGUUUGAAGUUUUUUUUUUUUUUUUUGACUAAAGAGAUUUUCAGUUUUAUGGUUCCGCCUCUCCAUAAUGCUGAAUAGCAAAACCAUUCAUUGAUGAAGAUUCCUAAAAUGGAGUCAGAUAUUUGGGGUUAGGAGAGAAGCAAAAGUGCCAGUGGAAAAAAACCUGAUUGCAUUUGUUAGACGUCAGACUUCAUGACUUAACUGGUGAUCAAAGCAUGAGAGCCAUAAAAUACUUGUGACUAUAAGGGGGUCGAGAAAUGAAAGAUGAGAAAAAAGAAUGUGUGGCAGUAAAUUGACAGGAUACUUCCCUCAUUAUGUUGACAAGUAAAACUGACUUGCACAGACAGUAGAAACGUUGUGGUUUUGGGAGUUCAGAUGUUACUUUCAAGACCGUACUGUCAGGGUUAUUGGAACUGGGACUGGGUGGAGAGUACAAAAUGCUCAGUUUCAAAGUUUUCAAGACAUUUCAAAAGAUGCAGUAAUCUUCUUGCCUUUCUGAAGUUCAGCUAUCCACCAUAGCCCAUUUAAGAGCAAGACAAAGUUUUUGCUAAUUGGAAGUGAUCGGGAGGGGGGGGGGUGGGCUUCUUUAGUGUGAGAGGGUUGAUUGAUUUCCUUUUAUCAGAGAUUUAUUACCUACAUACCUUUGCCACAGAUGUUUUCACCUUUGCAAUAGGUGAAAUUGCUGAGUCAUCGAAACUGUAAAUUAUUUUUGUUUGUUUGGUUUUUUUUUUAAAUCUUGAGAUGUCUGCUGUGAAGAUGAUAUGGUGCAGCAGACCUCUCUAGUGUGUACUGCUGUGAAUGCAUGGUGCAUUCUUUGUACAGUGCUUCUGCGUCGUCUUGGGGAAAUAGUUUGGCAGCAUGUUAUGCACAUUUUUCCAAUGUUUCAGAAAAUGCAUAUUCAGCACUGAUGAUAGCAGCCCUGUAUGUGUUGCUGAUUUGUUAGCACUCAGCAUUAGCACUGUGAUCAUUGUGUAAAGUCCAGGUGACCAGCAGGGUGCAAGUUGAUUGGAUAAAGCUAGCAGCCAAAUCUGAAGAAUACAGAAUAAAAGUUUGAUUUGCUUUCAGAGUUCAGAAAGUGAUGUGGUGGAUUCAGGCACACAGCAUAUAUCUCGGAGUUGCUGUCAUCAUGGUUUUUAUUUAGUCUAUAAGUAUAGUCUAUAGUAUAUAAAAAUUAAAAAAGCACUGAAAUAAUAGUAUAAUUUAGAGUGAAAAUGUGACAGACACCAAAAGAAAACUCUCAAGGCAUGGUAGUUUAUACCUCUUCCAUACCAUGACAGUUUAUAUAGCUCACCUCCCUCAACACAGUUUAAGAUGUGCAAAAUGUAAAUAAAAACCAAUCACCAAAUCCGUGAGCAGUCAGAGAGAUUUGUUUGUACCUGAGCAAGCUUCAUUAGGGCAUACAACUACUAAAAUUUAAUAUUUUCACUACAAAUCCCAAGAAAGAGGGUGCACUAUUUCCCGGAAGACCUUAUGCCGUGCUGAGAUAGCUGACUUUGAAAGGAGGGAUAUAUUGUUUGUAAUUGAAAGUAAGUUAACCUGUGUACGUAUGGUUUGUAUGGUAAGCCAGGAUAUGUGGGUUUCUGUGAACUAUGGGUACUUGCAUGUAUCUAUAGUGUUACGUUUGAUGCAACAGAUGCAUUCGCUGUGUCCUGUUAUGUCAGUUGCUACAGUUCCACUAUGAACACAUUUUUUUUGAGUUUCAAUCCCCAACCCUUCCCUGUUUGGUUUUUUUAUGUUAACACAACCAGAUUGGUAAUUUCAAAUACCUAUAGAAGGUAAAGAAACAAAUAUUUCAGUGAAAUGUUUUCUCAACAUAACCAGCAAGUAUGUAGUGUUUAAUUUUUUUUAAUGUAAUUUAGAUGCUAUGAUUUAAUGUUGAUUUUCCAUUAAAGAGCUUAAUUCUUUGUUGAUGAUAGGUUGUUGCCACCUGUUUAUAGUGUAACAAUGAAUCCUUUGCUUCAUAGAUUUAAUGGGUACUUAAUGUGCCGUAAAAAGUUUUAUUUUGUUUUGAAAACCUGCAUCAAUGAAAAUUUUACUUUCAAAUUUUGCAUGUGCAGAAUGUUAAGCAGUUUGUUUUAACGAGUUUAGAAAAGACGGCUCAUGUCAGCCUUUUCAAGACAUUGUUGGUCAGCAUUCUUCUUUGAAGAACUUUCCUGUAUCUAUAAGACUUCUCAUUUGCGUAGUCUUAAAAUUUCACCUCUUGUAACUCUAGAGCAGGCAGGCACAUACUGCAUCAGUGAGUUUCUUAUUUUUGCCAUCAUUACAGCAGUUCCAUGACAUUUUUGUCUGCCUCUUUCAGUAGAUUAUGGUCUUUAGAUUGGAUUGCACAUUUUGUGUUGGCAAGAUGUGCUGUAAAGCAUAAAAAAAUGAAAUCUUGUCCGCAGGUGGAUGUACUGGUAGUGUGUCAGACUCAAGAGGUUGCUGGUUGUAAGUUAUCUGGCUUUAUUUCAUUUUCCUUGCAUGUCAGGAGGAGAAAACGCUCUCCUCUCACUAAAUGUACACACAUUGAUGAGACUAGCUAUGCGUUGCUUUGAGCCAGUGGCUCAAAAAACUUCAGGUUUAUUUGCAGAGGUCUGUUCGGGCAGGGUGAUGUAAAAACGCACAACUGUUUCUUGCUUAUUGCCAAUCGUUAAUCAUGCCAAGCGCUAAUGCACUAGCAGAGCCCUGAGCUGUCUGCAGUGAGUCAAAGUUGACUUAGAAUAUCAUUUACUAUCAAGUCUCUACGAACACUGGAGUUUGUAAAUACAAACCUCAGCUGCACUGCUGCUCAUGCUUUUUUUUUUAAAUUGAAGUCUGCAUAUCACUUGGUGAACAUACUCUAGGCAUUGUAAUUACAAUUUACCUGCAAGUAUUUAUAGUAAACAAAAUAUAUUGAAACAAUAAGAAUGUACACAAAUUGUUUGAUUGAGUAUGUUGAAUUAAGGGAUUCAUACAUGGCAUGCUCAAGAACCUUUAUUUCGUCCUCAGACCUCAUUGUAAAUUUGAUUUUGUUCGACGAAGGCAGUCUUUUUAUUUGCUGUUUAUUUCCCAGAUACAUUGUUUACCACUUCUGUCUUCUGUUUGCUUUGCUGGGUUCAUUUUGAGGCAUUUUUGGAUUGCAAGUUAUUUUGUACACUUUGAGCAUGAUGAGAGACUUGAAUAGCUGUAUUGAUGAAUAGGCUGUAUUAAAGUGCCAGUACAUAAACAUAGUAGUAGAACAAGGAGUGCUUGUGCUACAUGCUAUCAAAUGAGAGUGCAGAUGGAUCCUGUUUUUGUUUUUAGUUGAUUAAAUACACCAGGCAUUGCAGUCUAUUUACAGUGCUUAGAUAUUUGUACAAGAUAGUGUCCAUAGAGAAGAUUUAAGGUCAUCGCUAGGUUGAUACAAGCACACCUCUACAUCGCUCUCUCAGUCUCUCUAACAUUGCUUUCCCAUCUUAUUGUAUCAUUGUGCUCUUUACAAAACCGUAAUCCAUGGCCAUCCUCCCCUCUACUCUUUUGCUAUUUUCAUUUCAUCUAAUGACAGCAGUUUAUCUGCGCGUGCAAAGUUGUAACGUAUUUAAACAGUUAAAUUUGUUAAGUGCAGGGGCUUCAGCACUCGUAUUGUCGGAGUGAAAGCUGUGAUUGCUGCGAAUGAGACUGUCAUUUAGUACCAUCGUUCUUUGUUACAGUUUAAAUGAAGUUUUCAACUCCGCGUUCAAACAUCCACCAUAUCCUAUUCAGAUCUCUUCAUGUUUGUUCCUCACUUGUUUCUAGCUGUUCCCAGAACGCAGAAACCUAGAUGCUUGAUCGCAGCCGCCGCCGAAGAAUAUAUUGGGGGUAAAAAUCAUUUCAGGUUCAGAAUUCCAUUGUACAUAGGCCUUGUAUCGCUUGGAAAUUUGAAUGAGAGAGGUCAUGCAUGAGCUGCAGCGAAAUAUGGUGAACGUUUUGUAUUUACAUGGCUGUGGUUGCUGUGCGAUGUUUCGCCUCCCCAUUUCCCCGUGCGACGACAGGUUUUUCACGAUGUUACCUGCUGUUGUGUACAUUUUCAUAUUGUAUGUCAUUCUUGUACGAUUACACUGAACUAUGUACAUACGUGUGUCAUAUUUAGACUGAAUUUCUCUUGGGAAGCUAUUUUUUAAAAUAAAGAUUCUUAAAUGUAA